UAAAAAAGAAGAAUAUGCUGACAUUAAGAUAAAGUCACAGUUUUCAUUACGUUGUAGGAAAAUGCUGCAAAAUACAAUUCUUUUUUGAAGACCGCUAUCGGUGAAUCAUGUGACCGGGAUUCUCAAAAAAUUGCGGUUUUUCAAUGAAUUUUUCAUUAUGACUCCAUGUUUAGGGAACACUAGUAUAAUUAAGCACUAGUUAAGAUGUUAUCAGUGGGAAAGAGACUAUUCUCGACUUCGGGAAGGAUAUUGGAUACUUUAGUGUUUGUUGAAUCGGCAAAUUCGAAAAUUUCUCCAGCAUCUUUAUCAUCAUUGAAUGCAGCAUUCCAACUUGGUAAACCAGUUAGUGCAUUAGUUGCAGGACCAGAGGGAGAAUCUAUAGUAUCUGAAUUAUCACAAGUUGAAGGAUUAUCUAAAAUUAUAGUUGCAAAGGGUGAUAAUUAUAAUCAUUAUUUAGCAGAAGAGUUAUCUCCACUUGUUAAAGCUAUUUUAUCUAAUGAAUCAAAUAAUUUUACUCAUUUUGUAACUGCAGCUUCAGCCGUUGGUAAAUCAUUAUUACCAAGAGUUGGAGCUUUACUUGAUGUACAACCAAUUUCUGAUGUUAUAAAAGUUGAAUCUGAAAAUACUUUUGUAAGACCAAUUUAUGCUGGUAAUGCUUUAUCUACUGUUAAAUCAAGUGAUAAAUUUAUAUUAACAUCUAUUAGAGCCAGUGCUUUUCCACCUCAACAAAUAACUUCAUCUUCUGCUCCAAUUGAAGAAUUUUCAGAAAGUAUUACUACAAAUGGUAGAACUGAAUUUGUUUCUGAAAAUUUAAUUACUUCAGAAAGACCAGAAUUAGGAGCUGCCACUAAAGUUGUUGCUGGAGGUCGUGGUUUAAAGAAUAAAGAAACUUUUGAUAAGUUACUUGAACCAUUAGCCACCAAAUUAAAUGCUGCAGUUGGUGCCUCAAGAGCUGCUGUUGAUAAUGGUUUCUGUGAUAAUUCUUUACAAAUUGGUCAAACUGGUAAAAUUAUUGCCCCUGAAUUAUAUAUUGCUAUUGGUAUUUCUGGUGCAAUUCAACAUUUAGCUGGAAUGAAAGAUUCUAAGACAAUUGUUGCCAUCAAUAAAGACCCAGAAUCUCCAAUAUUCAACAUAGCUGAUAUCGGAUUAGUUGCAGAUUUAAAUGAUGCUGUACCUGAAUUAACUGAAAAAUUAUAAUUAUAUCUCUAUUUACAUUUUUCACGUGCCGAGAUACCGUCACCAAAAAAAAAGUAUAUCUCUCCACGACACAGUUUUAUAUAGUAAAAUACAUUUCUUAAUUU